GAGGAGCCUGUGGUUGAGGCGACACCUGAAGAGCCUACGGUUGAAGCCGCGCCUGAAGAACCUCCAGCCGAGGAGCCUCCUACAGUUGAAGAACCCGCCGUCGCAGAACCCGCAGUCGAAGAACCCGCCGUGGAAGAACCCGCAGUCGCAGAACCCGCAGUCGCGGAAUCUGCAGUUGAAGAACCUACAGCUGAAGAAUCAAAAAUUGAAGAAACUACUGCUGAGGAGCCUUCUGUUGAAGCUACAGCCGAGGAACCUGUGGUGGAAGAGCCUACAGUUGACGAAACGACGGUCGAAGAACCCACAAUUGAACAGCCUGCAGCUGAGGAACCUACAACCGAAAAGACCGCUACUGAAGAGCCUUCCGUUGAAGCUACAGCUGAGGAACCUGUGAUCGAAACCACGUCCGAAGAACCUGCGACUGAAGAGCCUACAGCUGAAGUACCUGCGCCUGAGGAGCCUGUGACGGAAGAGCUUGUAGUCGAGUCUACUGCCGAAGAAUCCAAGAUUGAAGAACCUGCAGCUGAGGAACCUGUGGCAGAAGCUGCGCCUGAAGAGUCCGUGGUUGAACCAGUGGUUGAAAUUACUGCUACAGAGCCUGUGGCGGAGGAACCUUCAACCGAAACUGCCCCCGAAGAACAGACUGCGGAAGAAGCUCAGGAACAGACUAAGGAACUUGUCGAGAUACCAGUCGCUGAAGAGAAGACUGAAGUCACAGCCGAGUCGGCCGCCGAAGAACCGAUUGAAGAGGUUUCCCCCUCAGAGGACAACAUUGAGGAGGUUGUGGAGGCUGUGAAUGAAUCAGCUACUGAAGAGCCGGAAGUCGUCGCAUCAGAAGAGUUGGAGGUCCCCAAGACAGAAGAUGCUACUUCAGAGGAACCGGUUGUUGAGAUCAAAGCUGAAGAGUCUGGUGAGCCUGUGACAGACGAGCCUACUACCGAAGCAUCUACCACUGAGGAAACUCACCCCGCUGAACCUGUCGAAGAGGUGCCUGCUGAACCUACUGAGGAGACAGCCCCCAAAGAACUCGCCCCGGAAGCUGUCGAGGAGCCUACUACUGAAGCACCAGCUGCUGAGGAAGUACAGGUGGAAGAAUCCGAGGAAACCGAGACUCCUGCAGCUGAGGAGGCUGAGAGAUCUGUAGAAGAGCCUGUGGUCGAACAGCCAUCAGAGGAAACUGCUGUAUCAACCGCUGCUGAGGAGCCUGAGCCGGUUGCGAAGGAUACAACCAAGGAACUGGCGGCUGAAGAGGCUGUCCCGGCUCCUGUUGAAGACUCUGCAGCAGAAUCGGUUCAAGUCGAAUCGACCAGCGAAGAGGUUGUCAACACCGAAGCUCCUGUGGAAGCUGAGCUUAGCACUGAACCGACUGUCGAGGAGCCCUCGGAAGAGUCUGUCACCGAGACACCAACUGUUGAAGAGACAGCCGUGGAGGCAACCAGGGAGGAGUCGGUUGAAGAACCGGUCGCCGAGUCAUCUGCAGUAGAAGAACCUGCUGUUGAAGCUGCCGAGGAGCCCGCGACCGAGGCCUCCACUGAAGAGCCUGCCGCCGAAAUUACCACCGAAGUUUCUGCUGAGGAGCCUGUUACCGAAGAGCCUGUCGCCGAGGUUUCGACCGAAGUUACCGCCGAAGCCGUGACCGAAACGCCUGCCGCUGAAGCCACCACCGAAGUUGCUACUGAGGAGCCCGCCGCUGAAGAGCCCGCCGCUGAAGAGCCCGCUGUCGAAGAGCCCGCCGCCGAGGAGCCCGCUGCUGAAGAGCCCGCUGC